AUGACAACAUCAAUGUCAGUGUGUAAUGAACAAUUUGAAGAAGAGUUUGGGAAGCCGUUGAUGGAACUUGGAGACUCUACUAUGGUUGCUCGGCCUAAGUUUAAGUGCCGUAAAAUUUGUGCUGUUCGUGAUUAUCCGGAAGGUUGUGGACCGUUUGGUUCGGCUGAUGCUACAAGUGUUGAGGAUAAGAGUAACAAAGAUUUGGAGGUUGAUGCUGUUAGUCCUGAACAUCAUAAUGAUUCUCAAUAUUCCGAGCAUGAAGAUAAUUUGGUAGUUGCGGAGACUCUUGAGCAAACGAGUGACUGUAGUUUGAAGAAGGAAGUUCCUGUGAUUUUGUCUGAUCAAGUGGCGUUGGUUGGCAUGGAAACUUUGGGUGCAGAAUUUGCUACAGAAAGCUCUAAUUUGAAGAAGGAAGAUCCUGUGAUUUUGUCUGAUCAAGUGGUAUUGGCGGGCAUGGAAACUUUGGGUGCAGAAUUUGCUACAGAAAGCUCUAGUUUGAAGAAGGAAGUUCCUGUGAUCUUGUCUGAUCAAGUGGCAUUGGUGGGCAUGGAAACUUUGGGUGCAGAGUUGGCUACAGAAAGCUCUAGUUUGAAAAAGGAAGUUCCUGUGGUUUCAUCUCAUCUAGUGGAUGGACCCAUUUUGGAUAAUGACGAACAUGCAAAUGUGGCGUUGGUGGGCAUGGAAACUUUGGGCGGGGAAUCUGUGGCAGAAAUCAGUAGUUUGAACAAGGAAAACCCAAUGGUUUCAUCCCAUAAAGUGGAUGGGUCUACUUUGGCUAAUGAUGAACCAGCUAAAGUGACAUUGGUGGGCACGGAAACUUUGGAUAUGGAAUUUGCAAUACAAGACUCUGUAAAACAAGAUUCCUUAUAUAUGUCAAAGGCAUCGUCUCCUGUUGGUGAGUCAGCUAUGUCCGAUGACUCAAAAUCCUCUUCGUCCAAUAUCAAUAUAGGUGGUUCCGGGGCUUGUAUGGAGGAGGCUGUAACUAAAAGGUAUCCUCCUCGUAGAAAUUUUGCAGCAGUCAGAGACUUUCCACGUUUUUGUGGGCGCAAUGCUCCCCGUCUUACUAAGGACGAGCUCUCUUCUCUGAAUGAAAAGAGAGCGGCAGGUCAACAAAAUUUGGCUGUAGAUGCCAGUCUGUUGAAAAAAGUUGCAGACACUGAUGCAAAAGAAAUGGAAAAUAACAAGAGAAAGACCGUUAACAUCGUUCAAGCUGGCUCUGAAGAAGAGAAUAAUGCUGCGCAGAGAGUCAAGAAGCCGGAUGUAUUUGAACCAUCUUCUGAGAUGAAACUGGCACCGGAUAACACAAGAGAAAAGAGCACUAAACUUCCCGAAAAACGUAAUCAUCAUCAGGUUAACAUAAAUUCCAAGGCAGUGGCUAAAGAGGAAAUUAUGAACACUGUACAGGUCGAGGGAACAUCAGGGCUAGAUAUUUACUGCCCAGAAGUCCAAAGUCCUGAGACAAAACCUUUGGCUAUAUCAAGAGAGGAAGUAGUGCUAGGUUUGAAGUCUAAAUCAGAAUGUCCUUGGAGAUCUCAAGUUAGUUCUUCGAAAUCUAAACCAGCAUCAAUAGGUGGUACAGAAGAAAAGAAGGCAAAGAAAGUUGAUUUUUAUGCCCAGCUAGACAGGUCUAAAACUGCUGUCAAGACGAAAGAUAUACGGAGUCAUUCUGGGCACGAGCCAUUGAAAAAGAAAAAACUAAACUCCACUUCUGAUGAUGACAUGGGUCAACUAGUAAGACGGGAGAAGAAUUCUCUAGACCCUAAUGAAAAUAACAAAGUCUUUAAAAGUGUCCCAAAAUCACAUGGUUCGAGUGUCCCAAAAUCUUUGAGUGUCCCAAGAUCGAGUGUUGUUGUUCCUCCUAUUGGCUGUAGUAAUUUUAGUGGUCACGAGAAUGACUCAGCGACUCGGAAUGAAGUGAGGAAAGUAUUGCGCCUGUUCCAAGCUGUUUCUAGAAAGCUUUUGCAUGAAGCGGAAGCAAAAGCAAAGUCAAAUGAAAAAGAAAGAAAAAGGGUUGAUUUACAAGCUGCUAAGAUACUUAAGGAGAACGGAAACUUUGUUAACACAGGGAAGCAUAUAUUGGGACCUGUACCCGGGGUUGAAGUUGGUGAUGAAUUUCAAUACAGAGUAGAGCUUAAUAUAAUUGGCCUUCAUCGCCAGAUUCAGGGUGGUAUAGAUUAUACAAAGCACAAUAAUAAGGUCCUUGCAACUAGUAUUGUUGCGUCGGGGGGUUAUGCUGAUGAUUUGGAUAAUACAGAUGUUUUGAUAUAUACAGGGCAGGGUGGAAAUGUGAUGAGCAGUGGUAAAGAGCCAGAAGAUCAGAAACUUGAAAGGGGCAAUCUUGCAUUGAAGAACAGUAGUGAGGUAAAGAAUCCUGUUAGGGUGAUACGAGGCUCUGAAUCACCGGAUGGAAAAAGUAAGAUAUAUGUUUAUGAUGGGCUGUAUCUAGUUGAGUCAACUUGGCAGGAUAUGGGGACCCAUGGGAAGCUGGUUUAUAGGUUUCGCUUGCGAAGAAUCCCGGGUCAACCGGAGCUUGCCUUGAAGGAAGUGAAAAAAUCUAAUAAGUUCAAAACAAGAGAAGGUCGAUGCGUGGAAGAUAUUUCCUGCGGGAAAGAGAGAAUUCCCAUAUGUGCUGUGAACACCAUAGACGACGAGAAACCCCCUCCAUUUAAAUACAUAAAGAAGAUGAUAUAUCCUGAUUGUAUCAACCUUGUCCCUCCAGAAGGCUGUGGUUGUACUAAUGGAUGCUCGGACCGUGCAAAAUGUUCUUGUGUUCGAAAAAACGGAGGGGAGAUUCCAUUUAAUUAUAAUGGGGCUAUUGUAGAAGCAAAGCCUCUAGUCUACGAGUGCGGGCCUAAAUGCAAGUGCCCUUCAACCUGCUAUAACAGAGUUAGCCAACAUGGGAUUAAUAUCCAACUCGAAAUUUUUAAAACCAAUUCAAGGGGAUGGGGUGUUAGAUCCCUAAAUUCCAUCGCUUCAGGAAGUUUUAUCUGUGAAUAUAUAGGAGAGCUUCUUGAAGACAAGGAAGCUGAACAAAGAACUGGCAAUGAUGAGUAUCUUUUUGAUAUUGGAAAUAAAAACAACAGUACUCUUUGGGACGGACUUUCGACCCUUUUGCCCGAUUCACAGUCACAUUCUUGUGAAGUAGUGAAGGAUGUUGGCUUCACUAUUGAUGCUGCUCAAUAUGGUAACGUGGGGAGAUUUGUCAACCAUAGUUGCUCCCCUAAUCUUUAUGCUCAGAAUGUCCUUUAUGAUCAUCAUGACAACAGGGUUCCUCACGUCAUGUUGUUUGCUGCCGAGAACAUUCCUCCCUUGCAAGAGCUGACUUACGACUACAAUUACAUGAUAGAUGAAGUUUGUGAUUCCGAUGGCAACGUCAAAAAGAAGUCCUGCUAUUGUGGUUCUGUGGAUUGUACUGGUAGGUUGUAUUGA